AUGUGGUCAGGCAAGAAGUGUUCAGAGGGAGGAGCUGGUACACCCACUGAAGAGGAGGUUAAAGUAGUACUUGUGGGUGACACUCAAUGCGGGAAAACAUCACUCGUUCAGAGAUUUGUGUCUGACACUUUUGUUGAGGCUUACACUCCAACUGGUUUUGAGAAGUAUGGGUACACGUGUACUGUAGCCGAUUAUAAAGUUAACUUCUCUGUUUGGGAUACCUCAGGAACAACAGCAUACGACACAGUCAGGCCCCUGGCGUAUCAGGAUGCGAAGAUAUUUAUGAUCUGUUUCAACAUAGCUGAACCAGAGACCUUAAAUAAUUCAGCUGCAAAGUGGUACAGAGAAGUGCGGACUCAUGGAGGUUCAGCUCCUGUUUUACUUUGUGGAUGUAAAGCAGAUCUUAGACACGACAAAGAAACCCUCACCAUGCUGUCCAAGCUCAGAACUCACCCAGUCACCAGUGAAGAGGCUCUAUCAGUAGCGAGACAGCUUGGUGCGACAACGUAUGUAGAGACGUCAGCUAGAGCAUCUAGCAAGGGUGUGAAGGAUGCCUUCGAGGUAGCAGCUUUAGCGGCCCUUGGAAAACUUAAUAAACAACAAAUAAAGCAACAGAAGCAAGUUGGACGCAGCAAGAGCAAACGCGAUCUGAAAGCUGAGCUGAAGGGAAGAGCGAAAAGUUGUUGUGUCAUGUGA